AUUUCCGGUUACCUGCUCGGGGCUCUGGAUCCGCGGUCUCGUGAGAUAACUUUUCCCAGAAAGGAUGGAGUUGGGCAAAGGAAGACUUCUCAGGACCGGACUGAAUGCGUUGUAUCAAGCAAUACACCCAACUCAUGGCCUGGCCUGGACUGAUGGGAGCCACGUGGUCUUGACCGAUGUACAGCUUCAUCACGGCGAGGUCAAGUUUGGGCCCUCAAAGGUCAUCGGACAGUUUGAACACAUCUACGGGCUGUCCUGGGCCCCGCCUGCCACAGCUGACACGCGGGCUCUACUUGCCGUCCAGCACAAGAAGCACAUCACCGUGUGGCAGGUGUGGCCCAGCACUGCGGAGAGGAGCCGAUGGCUGAUGUCUCAGACCUGUGACAUCAGAGAGUCACUCCCAGUGCUUCCCCAAGGCUGUCUGUGGCACCCCCAAAGUGCGGUCCUGACGGUGUUGACGGCGCAGGACGUGUCCAUUUUCCACGACGUUCACCGGGACAGUUCUCGGGUGAAGGUGGAUACCAGCGCGCAGGGCCACAUUCACUGUGCGUGCUGGACCCGGGACGGCCAGAGGCUGGUGGUGGCGGUGGGCAGGAGCCUGCAUUCGUACAUUUGGGAUAGUGCACAGAAGACGCUGCACCGGUGCUCCUUCUGCCCAGUGUUUGGCGUGGACAGCUACGUCCGUGCCAUCGGAGCCACUGUGAACUCCCAGGUGGCAGUCGCCACCGAGCUUCCACUAGAUCAAAUUUGUGGCUUAAAUGCCUCGGAGGCGUUUGACGUGCCGGCCAGUGGUAAAGACACGUACCUGUGUACCUCACCAGUGACCGGUGCCGGGCCCUCUCUGGGUAAAGGGGCGAGUGCUUCUACAACAAGUUCUGAACCAACAGCUUCUUCCUCCUUUUCUUCUCCCUCCUCAGACCCUCUGGAUCUAACUCACAUACGUUUCAGUAGGUCUGGCGCUGAGAACGGUUCUCUCCUCUGUCUCCGGAGGAAGGACGACCUGACAGGAACUGGCCAGGAUUCUUCCCAUUUGGUCCUCGUGACCUUCGGGAAAGAGGCCACCAUGACCAGGAAAGUCACCCUCCCAGGCAUUCUGGCUCCUGAUCUCAUCGCGUUCCAUCUGCAAGCGCAGGUGGUGGCGGUGGCUUCCAGCACCUGUAGCACCAUCUGGGUCUAUUCUGUCAUUCCCUCCUCCAUGCCGAACAUUCAGCAGGUCCGCCUAGAGAGCAACGAGAGACCCAAAGGCUUAACAUUCCUGACAGGGAAAUUGCUAUUAAUUUUGGUCGGCAUGCAAAAGCCCACUGACGUGGCAUUUCUUCCUUCAUCCAAGUCUGACCAGUAUAUCAUUCGCUUGGUGGUUAGAGAAGUCACAUUGGAAGAGGCGUCUCCGGGGACCUCCAGCGAAACCCAGAGCGGCGACGCUCCCUUCAGCGCGCUGCUCUCUAAAACCAAUCAGAGAAAAGCGAUGGAAAGUCUCUGCCCCGACUUUUGUCACCAAAACAGAGAGCUCUUCCUGACAGCUCGGACCAGGAGUCAGAGUGGAAGCCCUGGAAGAACGCUGAUUCAAGAAAUCAGAAGUCCUCCUCCGUCCAGCCUCCACGAAGGCUCCGUGGCCCUGGACACGCUGGAUGCGGAACCUGUUAGCCGCUCCCUGGCAAAGCCCAGACCCGGAGGCUCCCCUGAGGCCUCACCAGUACAGGCUGGCCACUCGCCGCCAGAGCCUCCUAAUUUGCCUCAAAGAACGAACUUAGGAAAGGAAAAGGAAGCUUACCAGAUGUUAUUUAAGAAACUGGAAGUCCUGUCGAGGAGUCUGAGCGAAAUGCAGCAAAACCUGUAUGAGCUCACGAGCUGUCUGCAUCAUGGGAAGAAGCCGCCUGCAGGGUACCCUCGCUCUCAGGAUCCCCCUUACGUGCACAUCGUUUGCCAGAAGCCUUAUUCUGUAGGUGCUGUUGUUGAGAGAAGGGCCAUGCUGCUCUGCCAUGGCAAGCUCAGGCUCAGUGUGCUCCAGCAGACCUUUGACCUCUCUCUCAUUGAAAUGCACUGGCGAGACUCCCUCUGGAUCCUUCUCUCUGCUGACAGCGAAGGCUUCAUCCCUCUGACUUUCACAGCCACCCAGGAAGUAACCAUAAGAGAUGGCAGCCUGUGCAGGUCAGGUGUCUUCAAAGACUCUUUCUCGGAGUCUGGAUCCUAGUCCUCCUCUCAGAACCUUGAGAAACUCUCCUGCCCAAAGCGUAGGUGCUCCUAAUCAUUUAGGCAGCACCGAGUGAUGUUUGUCUAGAGAA